AUGGCAAAUAUGAAUGAUAAAUGUCUACUUUCAUCUAUUCAUUCUACAGUUACACCAAGAAAACAAUUUGCACCAACUCUUCCUACAGUUUCUCGUCAACAAUCCGUCAAAAAACAUCCUCAUCGAAGAAAAACAAAUAGUAUACGGUCAAUAACUGUUAUUCAUACAAAAGUUCGACCACAAAUUAACUCUAUUCCUGAAAAUAAAAGCAAAAAUACCAAUGAUAUUGACACAUGGCCUUCGAUCACAGAUCUUAUAAAUGCAAGUCAUCAUCGUCAUAAUGCAACAUCAUUAGCUAAUCCAAGUUUAAAUGAAUGGUCGAAUAAUACAAUACAAUCUGCUGAUAUUAAUCCACGAUAUCGAUCAUUAUCUCAGAUAGAAGAUUUUUUUUAA